CGGCAUUUGGCUAUAAAAGCGCAGCGCUGUCUUCAAAUUGGCAUCACAAAUCAACUGGUCAUUCACUAGCUGACAACUAUCCCAAACCCAAACAAUCAACAUGUUCAAAUACUUCGCCGUCUGCUUCUUCGCUGUUGUGGCUGUGGCCUCUGCCAAGCCCGGCAUUGUCGCUCCUCUGGCCUACACCGCACCAGCUGUGGUCGGCAGCGCCGCCUACGUAGCACCCUACGCCUCCAGCUACACCGCCCACCAGAUCGCCCAUAGCGCCGCCUUCCCCGCUGCCUACACUGCCCCCAUUGCCGCCGCCGCCUACACCGCUCCUCUGGCCGCUGCCUACGCCGCUCCAGUUGCCGCUGCCUACACCGCUCCAGUCGCUGCCGCCUACACUCGCUAUGCUGCCGCUGCUCCUCUGGCCUACAGCGCACCUUUCGCYGCUCCUUAUCUGGCACGCCCUUAUGCCGCCGCCCCUCUGCUGCUGAAGAAGUAGAGUGUGUGUAGUUCAAUAUAAAUAUAUAUCUCUGUAUAUAUAUGUAUAUUUGCAUUUCGCAUACCUCAA